GUCUGCGGAGCCGCGGAGCACAGAACCGUCGCUGCGGUUCGAGGUGAGGUUAAAGCCCGGCAGAGUGAGCUCCGUGCCGGUGUGAAGCUCUGCGGAGGAGUCGUUGUUCCAUAAGAUCAUGGUGGUCCACACAUCACAAAUACUAGAGAGGAGACGAGGUGAGAGGACACAAGGAGCGGAAACGAGGUGAGGAGAUGAGGAGAGGACACAAGGAGAGGAGACGAGGUGAGGAGAUGAGGAGAGGACACAAGGAGAGGAGACGAGGAGACGCCACAACAUGCCGUCGCUGCUUGUCCACACCUUUGUCUGUGUCUGUGUCCUCACAGUGCCGGCCCAUGUGUCCACUCACACCACAGAGACGGUGGUGGGCGUGGCCGGGCGGAAGGUCACGCUGCCGUGUCGGGCGGAGGCGGAGAAGCAGAGGGACGUGGAGGUGUGUUGGGGGAGGGGCGAGCCGUCCGUCUUCACCUGCCACAACACCGUCAUCUACGCCACAGGAGACAAGAUCUCCUACAGGAGGUCGUACAGAUACUCCCUGUCCUCAUCCUCGUCUCUGUCCAUCGCCCUCACUCGUCCAUCAGACUCUGGCUUUUAUCACUGCAGAGUUCAACUGCCCGGUCUUUUCAACGACCAGACGACCAGCGUUCACCUCAUCGUCGCCAGCUAUCCGUCUGUCCUCCCUGACAGUGAGGACAGGACUUUCACUGAUGCUGGAGCAGCUACAGGAGUCCAGAGAGGACAAACAGGGGACACCACAGGAGGCGUGACAGCAGCAGACACAGGAAGUGAUGUCACCGCCACCACACAGCCAAUGACGGCGCUGGUUCAGUCUGUCCAGCAGAAGCAGCAAGUGAAUGGUCCACAGAUGUUCAUAGGAAACACACUGAGACUGUCCUUCAUCAUCUUCAUCCCUGUUCUGCUGCUGACUGCUGCCUACAGAGUGUGGGGGUGUGGCCAGAGAGCAAAGACUGACAGGAGGCUCAACCAAUCAGAGGACGAGGACAUACACACCUGUGUGUAGACACGCACACAUUUGUUUGUUGUUAUUGUCAAAUGGUCUUCAUUCUAUUAUUGAUCAAUCAUUCACUUAAAAAACAAGAAAAGGUUUUUGUUCCAGUUGGGCUUCCGUACUUUCUGUCGUCACCGUGAACCUGUUGUGGUUUUUCCUGUGCGUUUGGUUUCCGUGGCGACGCGUUCAAAGUGAGUCCUCUGUGUUUUUGUCCUGAUGGUAAACAGAUCAAUAACAUGUAAACAAAUAAAAAUCAAAAUCAG